CUCGCAUACGCAGAGAACGAGAAGGUCCUGUGCUUCCACGGGCCGCUCAUGUACGAGGCAAAGAUCCUCAAGGCCGAGUUCUGGCAGAAGGGCGUCAACAAGAGCGGCGCUGUCGGGCCGCACUACUUUGUCCACUACAAGGGCUGGAAGCAGACCUGGGACGAGUGGGUCCCUGAGGAGCGCCUCUGCAAGUUCAACGAGGAGGGCAUCCGCAAGCAGAAGGCGCUCAUCGAGGCGCAGCGGGCGCGCGACGCCGCCGAGCGCGAGGCGCUCAAGGCGGCCGAGCUCGAGCAGAAGCUCAAGGCGGCGCAGAUGGCUGGCGGGCCGGGUGCGAGUGCGGCGAGUGCGGCGGCGAGGGGGACGGGCAGGGGCACGAAGCGUGGGCGCGAGGGCGAGGCGGAGUACCUCAAGCGGCCCGAGGUCAAGAUCGCGAUCCCGGACAACCUCAAGACGCAGCUCGUCGACGACUGGGAGGCGAUCACCAAGAACCAGCAGCUCGUCCCGAUACCUCGAGUGCCCAGCGUCGACACGAUCCUGAACGAGUGGCUGAUCUACCUCCAGAACGAGGAGGAGACGCGCAAGCGUGUCGCCGCCGAGGUCGCCGCCGGGCUCGGGCUCUACUUCAACAAGGCGCUCGGCAACAACCUCUUGUACCGCUUCGAGCGCGGCCAGUACCAGGAGCAGUACAAGCUCCUGCAGGGCACCGACCGGCAGAUGAGCUCGGUCUACGGCGGCGAGCACCUUUUGCGGCUAUUCGUCAACCUUCCCGAGCUGCUCGCGCACACGACGCUCGACCCCGAGGCGAUGAGCGAGCUCAAGGACCAUGUCCAGCAGUUCCUCCAGUGGAUGGACCUCAACCGGCGGGUUCUCUUUAUCCCGGCGUAUGAUGGCACGAGCAGCGGUUACCAGAACAACAACCGCGGUUGA